AUGACCCUACAAGUCAUUGCGUACGGCUACUAUCUGCAGCCGAUUGACAUCAACCCUUGUGACGGUUCGUCAUUGUCGACCAACUUCUGUCCUAUCCAAACCGCCGGCGAGCCAAUCGAUUUGCAAGCUUCUAGUCAAGUGCCAUCUGACAUUGCGAGCAGGAUUCCUGGAAUCGCCUAUACGGUGCCAGAUCUCGACGGAAAGGUGCGGAUCAUGAUUUCUUCGACCGAUCAAAACGCCACAGUCGCAUGUCUACAAGCCCAACUCACCAACGGCAAGACAGUCUAUCAAAAAGCCGUAGGAUGGACAUUGGUAGCCAUCGCUUUUGUGGCAUUGACUGCGUCAGCUAUCGCGUCCGGUCUUGGUUUCUCGAAUACAGCCGCGCACGUUGCUGCAAAUGCGCUGUCAUUCUUUGGGUUCUUCCAAGCCCAGGCUAUGUACGGAAUGACUUCAGUGUCUAUGCCGCCUAUUGUUGAAGCCUGGACUCAGAAUUUCCAGUGGACCAUGGGCAUCAUUCACGUGAACUUUCUGCAAUCCCUAAGCACUUGGUAUCAGCAGGCAACAGGCGGUAAACCGUCGACAUUACUCGCUAGUCUAUCCGUGCAAUCAGUCAGUGUGCAAAAGCGAUCUUGGGAUUUGUCUAAAAGGGCGUUUCCUACUUUGACAGCUCGGGCAACAGAUGAUACCAUGUACUCAGGUAUCACCGUUAUAAAAGGCAUUUUACGAGUUGGUUUCCGAGCGCAUAUCGAACCCAGCAAUAUUUUCAUGACCGGUUUGAUUUUCCUUGCCGCCGCUUUCAUCACCGCCAUACUUCUCAUUUUUAUGUUCAAGUUGUAUAUCAAAGUUGCGAUCAAGUGGGAAUGGAUGAGCCCUGGAGCAUUUCAUGAAUUCCGCAAUGGGACUAGCGUCAUACGUGGAAUUCUGUUUCGACUUAUUCUUAUCGCAUACCCUCAAAUGGUCGUCUUGUGCCUGUGGGAACUCACACGCCGCGACUCAGUUGCUGAAGUAAUUCUGGCCGUCUUGAUAAUCGUCUCCAUGACCUCCAUUCUCCUAUGGGUUGCCUUUAAUGUACACCGAAUCGCCAAGCGCUCGGUAGCAAUGCACAAAAACCCAGGAUACAUUCUCUACUCCAACCCGACGUUCCUCCACACCUGGGGUUUCAUAUACGUCUCUUACCGUGCCACAGCUUACUACUGGGUCUUUCCCACGUUAUUCUACAUUUUCAUCAAAGGCGCAUUCAUCGGUCUCUCGCAGUCAUCUCCCCUCACGCAAACUAUUGGCUUGCUGUGCAUUGAGACGACAAACCUCAUCUUCUCAUCGGUCUUCAGACCAUGGAUGGACAAGAAAACGAAUACCUUCAACAUCGCCAUUUGUGCUGUCCACUUCAUCAACGCCGUGUUCCUGCUCAUGUUUACCAGUGUCUUCGAUCAACCUCCAAUCGUAAACUCCGUCAUGGGCGUCGUCUUAGUCCUCUACAACGCCAUCUUCGCUCUUGUCCUGCUCAUAAUGGUUCUCGUCUCCGCCUUCUACGCUAUUUUCAGCAAGAACCCGGAUCUCCGCUAUGGGCCCGUGCGUGAUGAUAGAGGAUCAUUUAUCAGAUCGCAAACACAACUCGAUGUGCAUAAUAAGGAGCUUGAUGCACUUGGUGCUACCGCGAGAGGGGAGGAGAAGUUGAUAUACUAA